AUGGUCAUAGGCUGGAUGAUAUCGAAGAUUCCCCUUCGGCGGGACAACCCUGCUACUCACACAGUUUUUGGUCCUGCGUUGACUAUCAAUUUUGCGAACUACAUGCUCAUAGACGUCAUAGACGAGGCCCGCAACCUCGAUGACCCUCAGUGCAUGACUAUACUUGUUGAUGAACUUCGAAACUUGUUCAUUGGCCAAAGCUUUGGCUUACACUGGACGCGGCAAGGCGAAUGUCCCUCGGAAGAGGAAUACCUAGGGAUGGUUACCCAAAAGAGGGGGGGGGUAUUUGUUCUACAUAUUUCCCUGGAAUUCUUAGCCAUGAGACUGAAAAUACUGCUUAGAGCAAUCUCUGCAGAUUUUAUGUCUUUGAUCGGAAGAUACUUCCAAAUUCGCGAUGACUACAUGAAUUUGAUGGAUACUAAGGUAGGUACGAGUGCUAGUUUUGCCGAGACUCCGAUGUGUUUUGACAUUGAUUGA